CAUGCUCUUAAUUUGGAAGGGUGACUAGCCAUUUUCUCCAUCUCUCCCAAAGAGACUGAAGUACAGGAAGCAAACCAGACCAGACUGAAUUGUUUGCAAACUGCCAUGCCAAGUUCACAGUGCAGACUUUUCUGCCUGUCUAUUUUUUAAGACUCCAUGGAAGACCGAAAACAGAGUGAUUUGUAUUAAUUUAUUUUUGGGGGCCAGAGCAGUCAAUUAAAGCAGAGCAAGACCUUUCUCUGGCCUUCCCAGCUGCCUGUUGUUAAGGCCCUAAGUGCAUGCUUCCUGUCAACAAUGACGGAAUUACGGUCUGCUUUACUAUAAUCAACAGAUAAUGAAAUAAGAAAUUGAUUUAUGUUUCCGCUCUGUGUGGAAUGGGAUGGUAUGAUUCGUAGGGUGCUAUUACUGUCAGUGGAACAUAAUCCCUCAAGGAAUAAGACAGCUGGGGGCAAAGUUUAGUUUGGUAUAGCAGAUGGGCUGUUGCUGGAUGGAGCACUGCUGCAUGAGGAAUGAAGAUUAAAGCAGACUAGGUUACUAUUCACGAUAAAAUCAAAGGAAGGACAGAAUUACAAGACAAGCAACCCAAGAGAUGGACCUGUCCCAUAAAUUCCCUAAGGAAGAGCUCACCGUGCUGUAUGAAGAGGUCCUCUACACCAUUUUCCAUCGCUUGGGCAAACCAGAACUUAACCAUGUUGCUGAUCCAGAAGAGCUAUACGCGUAUGUGCAAAAGGCCUUCAAUAUGGAUCCAGAAGAACAUCGUAUUCUGCUACAGAGAGUCAAAGAGCUAGAGAGACCAAUUUUUUGUCUUAAAGCAACUGUGAAGCAAGCCAGGGGCAUUCUGGGUAAAGAUGUCAGUGGAUUCAGCGACCCAUACUGCCUCCUAGGGAUAGAAGCAAAAAGUCAGAACUCUUCCGCCAAUGGCGGCACCCGUCAAGAGAACAAAAAGCGAUCGAAGGCUGUAGUGAAGAAUUUGAUCCCCGAAGACCAGACCCACCGCACCCAAAUCAUCAGCCAGACGCUAAAUCCCGUGUGGAAUGAAACCUUUAUCCUGGAGUUUAAAGAUACAGAGAAUGCCAGAUUUCAUCUAGACAUGUGGGACUCUGAUGAUGAUGUUGAAACUGUACGUCACAAACUUGGAGAAUUAACAGAUCUCCAUGGCCUGAAGAGAAUUUUUAAGGAUGCUCGGAAGGACAAAGGGCAGGAUGACUUUCUGGGGAAUGUGGUACUUCGCCUGCAGGACCUGCGCUCCAGGGAUGACCGCUGGUGCAGGCUGGAACCUCGCACAGAAACCUACCCCAAUCGAGGACAUUGCCACCUGCAAUUCCUUUUUAUUCAUAAGAAGAGGGCCACCUUAGCCAGUAAGACGCAGCCAAGCUACACAAUCCACCGGCACCUGCUUCAGCAGAUGGUUUCUUACGAGCUUCUUCAGCAUCAGGUUGGUAGCACCUCCUGGGAUGGAGAGUUGAGUGAACACGCCAGUACAAUCUUGCAUCUGCACGCUACUCAGAAAGAUCUUUCGGACUUCCACCAGGUUAUGGCGCACUGGUUGGCUUACAGCAAACUCUAUCAGAUCUUGGAGUUCAACAGCAACUGCCUGCUCCACCAGAUCACCAGCAUAGAGUACCAGUGGGUUGAAGGUCGAUUAAAACCUGAACAGAAAAUAGAACUGGCUGACUCUUUUCAGUCCUUGCUGGCCUAUGGGAUUUCUCUCCUCCGGAGGUACCGGAUUGUCUUCCCCCUUUCUGUUGCCAGUUCUACACGGAAGCUACAGUCGCUGCUCAGAGUCUUGGUCCAGAUAUGUAAAAUGAAAGCCUUCAGAGAACUUUGUCCUAUGAUCCCUGACCUUCAAGAAAUGGUGACAGAGGCACUCAAGGCCGGAACAGCAGAGUGGUUUCAGAUGAAGAAGCAACACCUAAAGCCGAUGGUAAAGACUAUGGAGGAAUGUGGCAAGGCCCUGGUCACUCUUCUUAUAGAAGUAAAUGCAGAUCUUCAGCAGUGCCACAAAACCUGGAACAAAUAUUUCACCAUUACUAUGAGAGUGGACAUCUUCUCAAUUGCAUAUUUUGAAAUGCAGGAGCAGGUUUCCCAUUACGUCAAAGACCAGCUGAGCAAAAUUGACAGUGGCAUGUCCCAGCUCACAGCAGAGAGUCUUUUUCAGCUCUAUCUCAGUCUGCGGGAACUGUAUCGCAUGAAGGACCUUGUGUGCAACAGGGAAAGUCCUUUUGAACUGACCAACUUCCACCAGUGGUUCAAGGAAGCUGUUCCCAAGUGGCUCCAGAAGGCGUACACAAUAGCCCUGGAAAGGACUGAGAGAGCUAUCCAGGUAGACCAGCUGACACCGUUGGGAGAGCUGAAUAAACACAGUACAUCCACCGUGGACUUAUCCACUUGUUAUGCUCAGAUGGUAAAGACCUGGCAGCAACUGGACUGGCCAGAUCCUGAAGAGGCCUUCAUGAUCAUGGUGAAAUUUGUUGAGGACAUAUGUAAAAUUGCUGUGAUGUACUGCCGGCUGAUCAAGACAAGGGCAGAGGAACUGUCAUCAAACCAACAAGAGGGAGAGGCAGCAAACAGGCUCUGCGUUGUGGUGAACAACAUUGAGCAGCUCCGCAUGAUGAUCCUGAAGUUGCCAUUGCAGCUGGACUGGGCACGCCUGGAACAGAAGACAGGAGAUGUCAUUGCACCGGAACAGAUCCAGCACACCUUGCACCAUCAGCUUCAUGCUACUGUCGCUAGCCUCAACAAUGAGAUCCGAGGCGUGGUGCAGACCUUGGCAGCCAAACUAGAUGCUGGAAUUGCCAGACACAUCCAGGGAUUGUCAGCCUGCAGUGACUCCAAGGACCCAGAGGAUUGCAUCACCCCCUUAAUGGGAUUCUUGGAAUGUGAGCUCCAGUACCUAAGUGGGAACCUGGUCCAGGAGAACUUUAACAGCCUCUUGGAGCUGCUGUGGAAUCACACACUGGACAUGCUGAAAGGGGCUGCAAAACAGCAACUUGGCAACUUGGGGUACUUCAGGAAAUUGCAGUUUGCCCUCCAGAGCUUGGAGCUCUGUUUUCAUGGAGAAGGCUGUGGACUGCCAAAGGACACCCUUCACACUGCAGUGUUUACAGCUCUGAAGAAAGAACUGGACCUCUGCUCUUCCUCCAGCAAGGAACUUAUCCAGAAGUACUUCAGUGCUCGAAUCCAGCAUCAGAUGGAGGCUAGCCCUGAAAAAUAUGGGGCUGUGACCAUUAAGGCUCUUUACCGCCACUCAGAACAAAAGCUGCGCAUUGAAGUGCUCAAUGCUGUCAACCUCCUCCCCCUGGACUCCAAUGGCUUAAGUGACCCCUUCAUCCAGUUGACCCUGGAGCCACGGCAUGAGUUCCCUGAGAUUGUGGCACGGAUGACCCAGUGCAUAAAGAACAACCUCCACCCUCUGUUUGAUGAAGCCUUUGAAUUUUUGGUCCCUCCAGAUAAAUGCCAACAGGAUGGGGCAUGCCUGCUACUCACAGUGUUUGACUAUGACACCUUAGGAGCCAAUGAUCUUGAGGGAGAAGCCUUCUUCCCUCUCUGCAAGGUGUUGGGGCUGAAUGAGGAUGAGGAAACAAUCAGCCCAUCCAGAGUGCCACAGACCCGUUUAUCCUUGACUCAUCCUGGAACUGCUGGCUCUGAAAUCCUGAAGCUGCUGGAGACCCGAAAAGGAGACAAGGAAGUCCAGGCAUUUGUAAAGCUUCGCAGACAACGGGCAAAGCAGUCCAAGGAGUCGGAGUGACAGCAGCCCAGCAAGAGGGGUUAAAGCAGGGGCUGAGCUGGGGAGGUGUGGCAGGAGCUGUGCUACCGUGGCAACAGCAAAUUGCACCAUGGAGAGCGGGAAGCCUUCUGCUGUAGCUCUUUUUACUUCUGCCUUUACGCAGUGCAAGCUGGAGAGCUGUGGCAAGCAAAAGCGCCCAGUUGUGUUUGGAUGAAUGUUUCAUCUGUUUCCAUUCAAGAAGUGGCAGAAAAGGACUCGUUUCCCCGCACCCUCCCCCGUUCAGCAUUCUUCAUCUGCACCAGGGAUUUCUUUUUAAUAAAUUGAAAAUAUGGUAGUAGCUGCUGCUGCUGCAGGCUAAGGGAUGCUGUGAGCAAACACAUGCACACGGUUGAUAUGCAUGCACGCACACACUAACUAGAAAGAGCCUGUUUGGCUGGUGAAGCUUCUCAUGUGCCCCUUGUGGACUUCCUGCAGGAAAUACUUUGCUCUGUUCUCCAGAUGGCAUGGAAAGCAGGCAGCCUGGCAUACCAGAGUGGCAAAGGGGGUCGGGAGGAGAGAAGCUUUUGGUGGGUAAAAUAGGCCUGUCCCCUAAUCUCUGCUACAGGGGCUGGCACUUCCUUCUGAUUUAAGCACCAUUGACUUAAAAGGGAAUUAAAUGGAAGAGCUGUUUGCCAUACACUGUAAUGGAUUCCAUGCCCAUCCAUCUUCAGGGCACAAUUUUGAUUAUUUCAAAGAAGGCACAGAUGUUGCUGGGGAAUGGAAACUCUUGUGCUUUAAAGUAGGGGAGAAUUUAAUUAAGAAAAAACAACCCACCAUCUUCUGUCAACAGUACUGUUGUUUAUACCUGUGAGUUGCGCUUGGCUCCCAUGGGCUGAUUGGAGCAUAGACUGUAUAUAUUAUACAGCCAGAAUUUCACCUCUAUUUAGGCAGUAAAAAGGAUCAUGAAGUGCUGCUGUGAACCUGACCCUCAGGUAAAUCUAGGGGCAGCCUAGUACUUCCAAAGAGGAAAUAUAAGCUUCUAUCAUAGCAUUCCAGGAAGGGGACAGUCAGAGCUCAGCUGGGAGCAUUUUCUCAGUUUCUGAACAUUUGUGUGUAUUUCCCCCCCCCCAAAAAAACCCAGGUGUUCUUGCUUCCAAUGAUGGCAAGAGUUGUAGAAACGUGAACAGCGUUUGAGGGCCUAUCCUCUAAUUUCCAUAGACUGUGGGAAGGGGUGCUGCCUGCUUGCUUAGAGCAGUGUGUACUAUUAUUUUGAACAUAAAGAUUCAAAACACCUGUUAGACUUAGGCUUUGUUACCUGAGGGCAAAAAAGGUCCCAGCAGAAAAUAUGAAACAACCAUUAUAUAGAAAUGAACCAGGGAGUGGAGCAAACCUCCCAAGGCAAUUGCUAUGAGGACUCAGGUCAGGACUCUUCAGAAAGGAUGGGGAAUCUGUGGCCUUCCAGAUGUUGUGGACUCCCAACUCCCAUCAUCCCUGGCCAUUGGCUAUGCUGGUUGGGGCUGAUGGGAACUGGGAGUCCGACAACUGCAGGGCCAUAGGUUCCAUCCCCAUCCCUGCUCUACAAUUUAGUUGUGCUUUCCUUUCUAAUCCUAAACCAGAGCAUUUUCAGUGCAUGAGGGUGGGGGCAAUUUAACCAAGGUUUCUGUGCAAGAGGAGACUGUAGUUCUCAACUGGUUUCCUCCGCCAUCAAGAGGAAUGGCUUUCCUGUAAGAGAAAAGGACAACUAACGGAUUAAGUGAGGCUUAGGCAUGCUAUUUCUGCCACAUUAGCAGCUAAAGGGUUAGAAUCUGAGAAGGAAACCAGGUCAGGCUGUAGUCCAGAUGGGAUGGGGAAAGCUCUUCCUAUUUUACAACUGUGUAAUGAUGUGUGUCACAUACCUUCUUGUGGUGGAGGCGAGUGGGGAUGCCCUUAUGGUGGCAACUUCAAGCAUAUUAAAGGUGUAAUCAUUCAAGGUUUUAAUUUACAGUAUAAUUUUUACCAAGAAGGGUAGAAAACAGAGCAUCCUGUGUUUGGAGCACAAAUGCUGGACCUCUUACGUAUUUAUCCCCACAGGCUGCUUCUUCCUCCCUGAAGUCCAUUCAAGGACUGGUAAGCAUUUCUUAACUAUGUGAGCUUUCCAUUCUAAUGCACCCCAGGACGCAUGUUAGAAUAUUGUGCUCCAAUUGCUCAAACUGAUGAAUAAAGUGUGAGAAUUAAGGUGUAGGACCCAGUAUUUAGUGACACUGGGGCCAGUGGAGGAAAUGCAAUAGGGAAUAUAUUGUGGUUACUUCUGUAAAGGCCUGUAAAUCACAACCGUUACAGAAGCAGCUAGAGCCUUUUUCUGGGAGGAGAUGCGAAUACGAGUCCUGAAUCCAUUCAAAGCGAGAGCAUCCUAGUCCAGCACUGUGUUACCAAUAAUGGCCCACCAAAUCUUUUGGAAAGCCCACAGCAGGGCAUGAAGGCAUCAGCUCUGCAUCCCUUAUUGUUUACAUGCCCUUCCAACUCAGCAAUGGAAGUUCAAGGGACAGGUUGGGCAAUGCAACAUAAUGAGGCAGUGCGGUGUACGUCUGUUCAGUGUUCCAAGCACUCCAUUCCACCUCCUCCCUAAUCAGUCGUAUUUUCUACACCACUAAGCAUGCUCACUCUUCAUUGGCCUGUUUUGGGUGUGUGCCCCCGUCUCCAUUUCGGAUUUUGUUGGUAUGGUGGUGGAUACGCUUGUGCCCAAUCCCAGGUACAUUAAAAUGUUAAUGUCUCUAUCGAUUUCUAUGGGCUGCUUUCAUUUCUGUCAUUGGGGACAUUUAAAAAUAGCUACUCAGUGUGAACUAGCAAUUAAUUGAUCCUAGAUAAUGAGAUUUUUUUUCUUUUUUGUGCCCCUCAUAAUCUUAGGGCUACUUCCUCCUUGUAUGUGAUACAGUUUUGGCUAUAUUUCUGCAAAUAUAGGAAGGCUUAAAUAAAAAAUAGAAUGAAUGAUAUACCACCACUGAACCUAGAGAUUCCAUGUAGUCAUUAUGACUACACUAGCUUCUGCUAAACCUGUCCUCAAUAAAUGUGACUAGUCCUGUUUUAAAAUCAUCCAACCCAGGGGUCAGCACAACAUUUUGUGGGCAUGUUCCAUAAAUCAUGUGCUGUAUGAAGAAGUACAUGUCUCAGUCAUGAAUCUACUGUGUAUCAAUUUCAGUGGAUGGUCCUGAGCUCUGGUAUUGUAAGAAACAGGUAAAAAUUUCUUUCCAUCCAUGUACACUUUUAUAAACGCAUCGUAUUCCCCAUAUUCAUCUUCACUACCUUCAGUAACCCCAAACAGUUUAGCCUCUCCUCAGAAGGAAGGAGUUUUAACUGCUUGAUCAUAUUGGUUGCACUUUUCUGCCUCUUCUCCAACUCUACAAUGUCUUCCUUUAGGUAGUAUGACCAGAAUAUGAAUGUAGUAUUCCAGAAAUGGUUGCUCCAUGGCUUUCAGGGCAUGGCCAGGGUAUUCUACUGGCCAUUUUUAUUGUGCCAUCCAUCAUGAUAGCAAGUUCUGUAACAAAACUGUUUUCAGCCUGAGAGCUGCAUUUCCUUCUGGGGGGUCACAUACUUUUGGCGGGUGAGGCCAGAGAUGGAAGUGAGUAGGGCAACUUUUUAUAGUUUAUAUUGUGGGGGUAUUUCUACACACACCACCUUUCAAGCCUCCAGAUAAGUUACCACCAGUUUGUAUGCCAUCAGUAUAUGUGUGAAAUUAUGAUUUUUUUUGCCUCAUUGUGCAUCACCUUGUACUUACUUUUGAUUUCACUUGCCACUGUGUUGCUCGUUAAAGUUAGUGUAGUAGAGGUCAGUUUGGUUUUUCAUCUUCCUGAAUAAUUUUGCAAACUUGACCCGACUCCAGAUCACUUAUGAAUAAAUUAAAUAGCAGCAGUUCCAUUACAGUUCCUUAGUAAGCAUGCUAUUUACCACCUUCUCCACUGUGCUAAUAAUGGUCUCUUAUUUCUACCUACAGCAACCUGUUGUUUAAUGAAUUUCUGAUCCAAGAGAGGAUCUAUCCUUUUGCUGCCCAAGUAAAGCUAUUUGUUCUACAUCAGCACCACCAGCUGUUGUUGGAGUCUUAACUUCUAUCAGCCCGUCAGUAUGGCCAGUUGUCAGGGAUGAUAGGAGUUGUAGUCCAGUAACACCUAAAAGGCCACACGUUCCCCAUCCGUUUUAUACCUUAGGCAACAAGUGCAACAGAGGCAGGUUUGAUACAUUGGCAAAGAAAUGGGCCUUGGAUAAUCUGCUGUUUCAGUCACCUUAGUGGGGGUAAUUGGCCUAAAGCAGCCAAACACCUGCCCCACAAGGACUUCUUGUUAUGUGCAAGUCAGUCACGACUUAUGGCGACCCUAUAGCAUCUGUCGUGAACCACCCUGCUCAGAUCUUGUAAGUUCAGGUCUGUGGCUUCUUUUAAGGAAUCAAUCCAUCUCUCGUUUGGCCUUCCUCUUUUCCUACUCCCUUCUGUUUUUCGCAGCAUUAUUGCCUUUUCUGGUGAAUCAUGUCUUCUCAUUAUGGGUCCAAAAUAUGAUAACCUUAGUUUCAUCAUUUUAGCUUCUAGUGAUAGUUCUGGUUUAAUUUGUUUGAACACCCAAUUAGCCAUAGUACCUUGGUCCUGCCGAGGCCUUAGCUCUGAGAAAGAUGUGGGUCCUGUUACUGCAGGUGUGGGGAGCCUCAGGCCUGGGGGCCAAAUGCAGCCCUCCAGGUUACUUUAUCUGAGCCUUAGAAUUUUCCCCACACCACAGCUAGCACUGGCAUUGCUUCACACCAAGGUGUUUUGCCUAACUGGAAUGUAUCCUUGAAUUAGGAUACUGUCUCUUAUCUGGAUGGAGGCUUGACAGGUAUGUGUAGAAACAAGCCCACUAUAUAAACAGUAAAAUUUACAUUAGUUGCCCCACUGACUUCUGGCUCUGGCCUCACCUAUCAAUGAUAUGUGGCCCCCAGAAGGAAAUGCAGCUCUCAAGCUGAAAAUAGUUUUCCACCCUUCUGUUACUGAGACAAGACAUAGAAUGCACACAUAUAUAUAGAGAGAGUAAUAUACGCAUAUUUGCAGAUCAUAACACGUACUGACCCUACAAGUAAAUAAAUCACCAGCUGGUCUCUAGGCAACUUCUGUGUAACAAUUUUCCAAAGUGUGGAUUGGUCCUCCUGGCUAGCCUAAUGAAGACUAGGGAAUCUCUCUGUGAAUCUUUUUUUUAAUUUCUUCAGAAAGGCUUGCCUAACAGUGUGGGAACUACUAUUCAAUGACUGACCAAUCAGCCUACAUGCUGGCAGGGCCGGUUCUAAAGGGCGGCCAGGUGGGGCACUGGCCCGACGGCCCCUGGAGCUACAGGGGGCCCCUCCGCUCCCCUUCUGCGAUCCACAGCGCCCCCACCUACCUGUCUGCUGUCUUUUACCAUUGCCCUUAACGAAGAUGGCAGCCGCGGUUU